AUGAAAGCAAUCAGAUGUAAAUCAAGCAGCCAAGUUAGCAGUCGAGUCAUGAUUCGGCUUGGACUUCUACUAGCAUUUCUGCUUGUGGUGGCAUCCCUAGAAAGCCCAGGUAUUUCCAAGCCUGAAACUAAAUCCACGAAAAAGGAUGAUGCAGCCUUUCAAAUAUUUCACGGCAAUAUCGAAAAGUACGAGCUUUGUGUAAAACUUUUAAGGGUUUGCCGCAAACUGAGGGACAAGGCGCCCGAUUACUCCGAUCUUGACGAAGAAGAGCCGGUUGGCGAUAACGAGGUGAAUGCUGAGGACAAAGACGAGUACCGAAAGUCGGAUUGCUUGCCCUAUGGCCUCUCGGCAGCCGGCGAAAAGCACUUCUGGCAGAUUGCAGCCAAAUGGCAAAAGGAAAUCGACGACAGGUUCUUAAUUCAAAACCUAUUCGUGGUGAUAAAGACGACCGACAAUGGGCGGAACACGAAUUUGGCUUUUGGCAAAUGGCAAGGCUGGUGCAACAGAACCGAUCUUCCCGACGAAACGACAGAAUCAAGUGAAGAGGACGAUCGCAGUGUAUCGGGUUCUACCAGUACACCAAUUUUACCAACAAGUACCUUACCUCCUUCGAAAAACUGUGAUAGGAACAGCCAACAAGGCAAAUGGAUAUUUAACACGAUCAACGACACCCGAAAGUUGGAUAAAGUUAUCAGGGGAUUUUCCAACUUUCUGAUAACCCUCGGAAAGUACGCCAGAAUAAAAUGUUGUCCCUAUGAGUCAGUCAGAGACCGUUUGGAAAUCAUUCACGAUGGCAUUGAUUUCUUACAAGAACUAAAGGGCACGGAAUCCUCCCCGAAACCAGAAUACACUGAUAUAAACUCCGAUCUUUCUUAUCUCAGAAACAGAUUAGUGCAUUUCAAUGACGAAACAAAAAAAUAUGGUAGUGCCAAUUACUCGUCGGGUAAAUGUUGUCCCAAUAUUUUAAGUGAGCUGAUUAAAUUCGAAAAUGAUUUUGUAAGUAAACUUCAAUCUUUAGGCCCACAGAAAAAAAUCAUUGACUACACGCCAUUUAUAAAAAAGGGAACGAGCUUGCAAGAUAUGUAUUUGAGUCUACUAAAUGUCAUCCGCUCACUAGAAACUUCUUCCGAGAGUAACAGUAAUACAACCAUUUGUUGUGCCGAGGAAAAAUCAAAUAUUAACGAUGUAGAUCAACUCUUGAAAGAUCUAAAGCACAUCAGCUCCCUUGACGAAUUAUCCAAAUUAAUAGACCCACUAAAAGAAAGGCUAGCCUAUGCCAAUGAAUCACUUUCGGAUGCGGAAAAUCAGCUGAUCUUUGAAGAAGGAAAUCUCCAGAAACUGACUUUAUUAUGCGGAAAAGAGUGUCGACAAGAAAAAACAAAGGGUGCACUUUUUCAAGGUCUCAUUUCGAAGUUGGGCAACUUAAAAAACAAAGUCAACAACAUGAGUAGUUUAGGGUCCGUGAAUUGGACUGUUCUCACCCAAUCUGUAAACAAUGUGAACAACAUGAUCGAAAAAAAUUCAUCGGCAAAAACCGAUCUUAGCAUUUAUCACGAAGUACAAGAAAAUAUUUUCAAACAGCAAUUUCAAGAAAUUGAGGAUAAGCAAAAGGAUUUGGAAGGAUUAGACCCUAGGCCACCAAAUGAUAUACAACUAAUGCUCAAUCAAUUAGAAACUGAUUUGGAAAACCUAACAGAGAAUGGCAUUAACAAAUUGGACAGGGAAAUGCAGCACACCCAACUAAAAUUUGAAAUGGAAAAGGAAAAGUUCGAUAGGGAAGUUGAGGAACAGCUAAAAUAUAUUAACCUGUUCAGAGAAGAGAUGAAAAACGAACAAGAUCUAAUUGACAUUCGCAUUGCCAAAAUAAAAUCGUUGCAAACGCCAAAAGAUUAUGACGACAAGCUAAUUAAACUUGAGGCCACAGCCCUUGGGUUUUCCAAGCAGAUUUUGAGUUACGAAAAGGAACUUUUGAGCCGCAUCGAUAUAAUGCAACAGCAACUGAAGGACCUGGACAAGGAGAUCGAAAAUACGGAGCACCGGGCAAACAUUUGCGACGGUGAGUGUGACUUAGGUGAUCUUGAUUCAGUGGACAAACUGAUUGGCAGGGUACAGGCUGUCAAGGAUAAGCUAAGUUCAAAGUCAACGCUUGUCAAGAGUAAACGCAAAUCACAGAUUAUGGUUGUCAAAACCAGGAGAAAAGGUUAA